GGCGGCGGCUCGUGGUGCGGCUCGGCGCGCGGCCAGUUUUCGAGUUCGGAACUGAACGCUCGGAGUCGCGGUCCCCGCCCGGAAAGUUUGCUGCGGAGCCGCGAACUCCUGGCCGGCGCGGCCCGGCAUGAAGCGGCGCUGAGGAGCCGCCGCCGCCGCCGCAGCCGCCUGAGGAGGAGCCGCAGCACCCCGGGCCACGCCGAUGACUACUGCAAACUGUGGCGCCCACGACGAGCUCGACUUUAAACUCGUCUUUGGCGAGGACGGGGCGCCGGCGCCGCCGCCCCCGGGCUCGCGGCCUGCAGAUCUUGAGCCAGAUGAUUGUGCAUCCAUUUACAUCUUUAAUGUAGAUCCACCUCCAUCUACUUUAAACUCACCACUUUGCUUACCACAUCAUGGAUUACCGUCUCACUCUUCUGUUUUGUCACCAUCGUUUCAGCUCCAAGGUCACAAAAACUAUGAAGGAACUUGUGAAAUUCCUGAAUCUAAAUACAGCCCAUUAAGUGGUCCCAAACCCUUUGAGUGCCCAAGUAUUCAAAUUACAUCCAUCUCUCCUAACUGUCAUCAAGAAAUUGAUGCUCAUGAAGAUGACCUACACAUAAAUGACCCAGAAAGGGAAUAUUUGGAAAGGCCUUCUAGAGAUCAUCUCUAUCUUCCUCUUGAGCCAUCCUACCGGGAAUCUUCCCUUAGUCCUAGUCCUGCCAGUAGCAUCUCUUCUAGGAGCUGGUUUUCAGAUGCGUCUUCUUGUGAAUCUCUUUCACAUAUUUAUGAUGAUGUGGAUUCGGAGUUGAAUGAAGCUGCUGCGCGAUUUACUCUCGGAUCCCCUCUGACUUCUCCUGGUGGCUCUCCAGGAGGCUGCCCUGGAGAAGAGUCCUGGCAUCAACAGUAUGGACUUGGACAUUCCUUGUCACCUAGGCAAUCUCCUUGCCACUCUCCUAGGUCUAGUAUCACUGAUGAGAAUUGGCUGAGCCCCAGGCCAGCCUCAGGACCCUCAUCAAGGCCUACUUCCCCUUGUGGGAAACGGCGGCACUCUAGUGCUGAGGUUUGUUACGCUGGGUCCCUUUCACCGCAUCAUUCGCCUGUUCCUUCUCCUGGUCACUCCCCCAGGGGAAGUGUAACAGAAGAUACCUGGCUCAAUGCUCCUGUCCAGGGUGGAUCAGGCCUUGGCCCUGCGAUUUUUCCAUUUCAGUACUGUGCAGAAACUGAUAUUCCUCUGAAAACACGGAAGACUUCUGAAGAUCAAGCUCUCGUACUACCAGGAAAAUUAGAGCUCUGUUCAGAUGACCAAGGGAAUCUUUCACCAUCGCGGGAAACUUCAACAGAUGAUGGCCUUGGAUCUCAGUAUCCUUUAAAGAAAGAUUCAUCUGGUGACCAAUUUCUUUCAGUUCCUUCACCCUUUACAUGGAGCAAACCAAAGCCUGGUCACACCCCUAUAUUUCGUACAUCUUCAUUACCUCCACUAGACUGGCCUUUACCAACUCAUUUUGGACAAUGUGAACUGAAAAUAGAAGUGCAACCUAAAACUCAUCACCGAGCCCAUUAUGAGACUGAAGGUAGCCGAGGAGCAGUUAAAGCAUCUACUGGGGGACAUCCUGUUGUGAAGCUCCUGGGCUACAGUGAAAAGCCAAUAAAUCUACAGAUGUUUAUUGGAACAGCAGAUGACCGAUAUUUACGGCCUCAUGCAUUUUACCAGGUGCAUCGAAUCACUGGGAAGACAGUUGCUACUGCAAGCCAAGAGAUAAUAAUUACCAGCACAAAGGUUCUGGAAAUUCCACUUCUUCCUGAAAACAAUAUGUCAGCCAGUAUUGAUUGUGCUGGUAUUUUGAAACUCCGAAAUUCAGAUAUAGAACUUCGAAAAGGAGAAACUGAUAUUGGCAGAAAGAAUACUAGAGUUCGACUUGUGUUUCGUGUACACAUCCCACAGCCCAAUGGAAAAGUCCUUUCUCUGCAGACAGCUUCUAUACCUGUUGAAUGCUCUCAGCGGUCUGCCCAAGAACUUCCUCAUAUUGAGAAGUACAGUAUCAACAGUUGUUCUGUAAAUGGAGGUCAUGAAAUGAUUGUUACUGGAUCUAAUUUUCUUCCAGAAUCCAAAAUCAUCUUUCUUGAAAAAGGACAAGAUGGACGACCUCAGUGGGAAGUAGAAGGGAAGAUAAUCAAGGAAAAAUGUCAAGGGGCUCACAUUGUCCUUGAAGUUCCUCCAUAUCAUAACCCAGCAGUUACAACUGCAGUGCAGGUGCACUUUUAUCUUUGCAAUGGCAAGAGGAAAAAAAGCCAGUCUCAACGUUUUACUUACACACCAGUUUUGAUGAAGCAAGAACACAGAGAAGAGAUUGACUUGUCUUCAGUUCCGCCAUUGCCUCAUCCUGCCCAGACUCAGAGGACUUCUUCAGAUACAGGACACCUACACGACAGCAUACUCUCUGCACAGAGAAGCUUGGUUUGUCCCAUCCAGCAAACAUAUGCAUCCAUGGUAACCGCAUCCCAUCUGCCACAGCUGCAGUGUAGGGAUGAGAGUGCUGGUAAAGAACAGCAUAUGAUAUCUUCUUCAGUUGUGCACCAGCCUUUUCAAGUCACACCAACACCUCCUAUGGGGUCUUCCUAUCAGCCUAUGCAAACUAAUGUUGUAUUCAAUGGACCAACGUGUCUUCCUAUUAAUGCUGCCUCUAGUCAAGAAUUUGAUCCAGUUUUGUUUCAGCAGGAUGCAACGCUUCCUAAUUUAAUAAAUCUUGGCUGUCAAACACCAUCAUCCAUACCUUUUCAUUCAUCAAAUUCAGGCUCAACAGGACAUCUCUUAGCCCACACACCUCAUUCUGUGCAGACCCUGCCUCAUCUGCAGUCAAUGGGAUACCAUUGUUCAAACACAGGACAAAGAUCUCUUUCUUCUCCAGUGGCCGAUCAGGUCACAGGUCAGCCUUCCUCUCAGUUACAACCCAUUACGUAUGGUCCUUCACAUUCAGGGACUGCUACAACUGCUUCCCCAGCAGCCUCUCAUCCCUUGGCUAAUUCGCCACUUUCUGGGCCACCAUCUCCUCAGCUGCAGCGUAUGCCUUACCAGUCUCCUAGCUCAGGAACUGCCUCAUCACCAUCUCUAGCCACCAGAAUGCAUUCUGGACAGCACUCAACUCAAGCACAAAGUACAGGCCAGGGAAAUAUUUCUGCACCUUCAUCCUUAUUAUGUCACAGUUUGUGUGAUCCAGCUUCAUUUCCACCUGAUGAGGCAACUGUGAACAUUAAACCUGAACCUGAAGAGCAGGAACCUAAUUUUUCUACAAUUGGUCUGCAGGACAUCACUUUAGAUGAUGACCAGUUUAUGUCUGACUUGGAACACCAGCCAUCAGGUUCAGCAGAGAAAUGGCCUAACCACAGUGAGCUCUCAUGUCCACCUCCUUUCUGGAGAAUCUAGAGGUGAACGAGGUAAUUGGGAGAGACAUGUCCCAGAUUUCCGUUUCCCAAGGGACAGGGGUGAGCAGGCAGGCUCCCCUCCCGGGUCCCAGUUCCCUGGAUUUAGGAAGAUCCGACGGGCUCUGACAGUGCUCACUGCAGCCUUGUGUCCACCAUCAUGUACUUCUCAGCAUGUUUCUCUCCUUGGACCUUGGGUUUCCAACUCUGCAACCUUCAGGAUGGAGCCAGGAGUUGGGAUCACCGUAUGUGGGGAAAGCAGCAUUCCUCCAAUUCAGGCCUUGGGAAGAUUUUGUAAGAGAACAGGAGCAGUACAGGCUGUUUGAUCUUUGGAGAAAUGAGCUUUGCUUUUUAUAUUUAAAUAGGAUACUUUUAUAUGAUGGGUGCUUUGAGUGUGAAUGCAGCAGGCUCUCCAUUUCAGAGGUGCUGCUUCUGCAGGUGACCUGGUUGCUUAGCUAGGAUUGGUGAUUUGUACUGUUUUAGGUCAUUUGAAGGACUCUUUAGCUUUGAUGGUAUUUUUAAAGUAGAAACUUUUGAUAAAACUUUCCAGAGGUGAAAGAAAAAAAAAAUUACCCCAAGCCCACACUUAUGCCUCAGAAACUCAGCAUGUGUCCUGGAAGCCUUUCAUAGAUUUAUAGGAAGUAAAGCCAAAUGUAGCUCAUACUUCUUUAUAAAAGUAAACUCUCAGAUAAAAUGAGAAGAGACCAUUCCAAUCACUGAAGUAUUGGAAUACAAAAUGACAUUCCAGAGCAUAGCAUUUUUGUAACUUUUUAGGUAAUCUUCCUGCUGUCUCUCCAUACCCUCUCCAUGUUGAAAUUGCUUUUUUCCCCUCAGGGCCUUGGGUAAAUUAACUACAUGUAAGGGAGCUUUGAAAGAUCGGGGUUUUUUUAGCUUGAUAUCUUUAAUUCCUGCCAUCCUACUAACAGGUAGGCUGUGGAGUAUUUUUCAUUUUUGUGUCCUCUGGUCCCAGACCUUUUCCAAGUGGAAGCAUCAGCAUUUGGCUACCAUAGUCUCUUGAUGGUUUGUUUAGGCAACUUUGCUGCUUCUAGCUCAUCUCUAGAGGCCAGGCUGUGUCAGAAGCCAAGCAAAAAUGAGCUAUGCUUCAGGACCGGGGCAGAGGACCUGCAGGAUUCCAGAUGGGAAGCUCUUAAGAUCUGCACUGGCGUGGGAGGCUUUUCCCUCUUUGUUUACAGCCUGAAAUGAUCCUGGCCUAUCCUGCCCCAUCCACAUGGCCUAAAAAGCAGCCUUUCCCUAAAAGGCUUUGAGGCAAAUCCAAAAAUGAGAUACCAUUGUAAGCCUGCCCCUCCACACCAAAGAUGCCCUGGUGCUGCUGCUGGUAAGGCUGGUGCCCAAAGAGGGGCCAGCAAGAAACUCCAGCCUGCUGUCUACCAAAGGAGGUGCCCAACUUGGGUUCUCUUUUCAAACCCUGCCCUUACCCAUCCCCUUAGUGGGAUUAGUUUCCUGUUCCAAGGCUUGGGCCUAUUUCAAGGCCCCUGAAGCUUGUAGUACGUUUUCAAACGAAAUGUUGUACUUCUAUUCAGGAAGCAAAUUUUCUGAGUGCCUACAUAGGAGAGACAGUGUGGUGGGCUCGUCAAAGGCUCCAUGCUGUUACUCCAGGGGAUUGUGGGUCCCAGAUGCCAGGACUCUCUACUGAGGCCAAGUGAGGCCUGGAUGGAGGGAGCCAGCUCAGUGUCCACCAUCUCUAGUCAGCCUGAUAAGAACUGUUGACCUAGGAUGAGGAAGUAUGGUCUUUUUUUUUUCUUUAAGCCAUGAUGUUUUCAAUUUCUCCCUAAAAUUAGUUAGAAAAAAAUGUCUAUCUUUCAGCAAAUCACUCUAGUCCUUCCUGGAGCCCAGUGUUUUCACAUUUUCUUUGAAAGUGAGUUUUGUGUCACAGAGUGUAGAUAGUGAGAUUUGCUUUGGGGCCUGUGGUUGGAAGCCCAGAGCUUGCUCUGGAGGGUUUUGGGGGGCUGACCCUCUUGAGAUGGCCAGACUUGCCUCCGCCCUCAUGCCCCUGGUGUAGCCACCUCACAUGGGGUCCUUACGAGAGCUUCCCUUGCAAGACCCUUUGGGGGUUGCUCUGUUGCCCUCAAGAAUAAAAGCCUCUAUGAUCCAGAGUUGCUAUGCACCAAAAUUUGAUGCCUUUUAAAUACCUUGAUGCCUGUAGCACUAGAAAUGCUUUCCUAUUUAAAAUAAAAGUUCAAUUUUAAAAUAGAGCUUUGUAUACUACAUAAGCAGUUUUGUAUCAGCUUUGUAAAAGCUUUGGUGUAAGAGACAGUAUUUUUUGGCUUUGUAGACAAAGACCUUAAUUUUUGUGCAACAUAGUGGUGUUACAGCACACAUCCAUUAGACUAUGCAAAUUGAAUUCUAGUAACAGCACUGAGCAACUGGGCAUGUGCUAGCACCCACCCCUCCCCCCUCCAACCCUGCUAGACCUUGGGUUGAGGAAUGGGAUGAGCAGCCUUCUGCUUACUGGAGAUACACAAAGAAAGUUGGCUGAAACAGCUUUUAAAGGAACAGGUGUCUUGGAGUUUGAGUGUGGUGCUGCUGCCCAGGGUGCAUCCCACCCCGGCCCAGGGCUAGCCCCUGUCAUGAGAGCUCUGCUGAGUGCAGCUGGAAAGCCCUGUUGUUGACACUCAGAACAGAUGGUCAUCUGUAUGGCUCCGGUGGGUUCAAGUUGAAACCUUGUAUUUUAUAAAAUGGAUGAUGUUCAAUUAAGGAACUGGUUCUCAGUUAUGUUUACAGCACUUGAGAUUGUGUUUUCUUGUACAUUUUGUAUUUUAAAACCUUUUAUAGGAGUACAGUGCUCCUUACACAAAUACAAAGGGAAGAAGCCAGCAAUUCAGGCUCCUCAGUUACAGUGCUGAAAUAAUAAAUGGUGACAGGUCAA